AUGUUAAGUGAAGGAGCUAAUCCCUCUUACUCAGAUUCAUCAUCACCAAUCUCUCUACUCUUACUACUAUUGAUGUCAUAUGGUUAUUGUUAUUUCUUUGUCACAAAGUUGCCUAAGGGCGUACCAAGGCUAAUUUCACUUGUUGGUGUAUUCUACGUUCUUUUUGUUGCCCCUUGGUACUUCCCUUCAUCUAUCUCCCUUCGAGGGAUCGCGUCUUUCUUCUUGUCUUGGAUCUCUUCUUUCAAACUCCUCCUCUUCUCGUUUGGUAAGGGUGAUCUUAUCCUUUUUGAUAGUUAUGUAAACUUUGUGGUUGUUGCCGUUUUUCCUUUUAAAGUUAGGAAUGAAGCCAUCAGUAUUCCGUGUUUUGUUAAAAAGGGUACUGAUGAAAAGGAUCAGAUGUACACAACCUUAUUUUCUGACAACAACUAUUUGUUCUCGGGAAAUGUAUUGCAAAUAAUAGCACUAGCGAUGUCAAUAUCAAUUUUCGCCCUUUCUUUACGUGAUGGGAUGAUAUUACUCCUAUCACUUAUCAUUGUCGUCCACCAAAUGUUGCCACAUGUAGAGCCAAUACCUAUUUUGAAGCAGCCCAAUAGAGCUACAUCACUUCAAAAUUUCUGGGGUAGAAGGUGGAAUCGAGUUUCUUCCGAUAUUCUAAGGCACACAAUAUACAAUCCAGCGCGUAAAUUACUAGAUGUUUACUUUGGGGUUGGUCCAGGACAAGUAGUAGCAUUGGUUAUCACCCUAGUAGUAUCCGGGAUAAUGCACCAGAUAAUGUUCUACCACAUGACUUGUGGGAUGAAACCCACUUGGGAGGUGACCAAGUUCUUUGUUCUACAAGGAAUUUUUAUGGCUAUUGAGUUGUUAGUCAAGAGGUUUUGGGAGAAUUGCAGGGACAGGAUGUGA